GAUGAAUAGGGUCCCACAUCAGUAUCUCGGUCACCCACGCUCUCAAAGUCAAUCCAGCUUUUAAAUAUAAGCACUUUUGAAACUCUCAACCCCACCAAAAUGCUCACCUAUCUGUAUUUCAAUACCUUAAAUUUAAGGUAGAGCUCUUAAAUACCAGAUUCUUUUAAGGAAAAAUUAGAUAACAUCAAUGUAGCAAAAUUAGCAAUUUCAUUAAUGCUAUACCAAUAAUUCAAACCAAAUAAAGUAAAAAGUAACAAGUAAGAUUCAAUGUCCUGUUCAGUGAGUAGUUCUGCAGUGUAGUGUCGCGUAUUCGAACCCGCGACGUGAAAAAAAAACUUUUGCAAUUGUUUAAGGAAAUUUAGCAGCAACAUGAAAGCUAAAAACCUUUUUUGGAGUGGGUGGUGUGAGUGUGAGGUUCUGUAAUCAUGUUCACCUUUUUUGUUUCUUCCUUCACAUUACAAACACAUCUCCAAAAACUAUCAACUUUUAGUUCCAAAUCUUCAAAAACAAAACUUGUUGUUUCUAAUGAAUCUUUUUUAUCCUUUACUUUUCUUUGUUCUUUUGUUCUUCAAUUGUGCAGUUUCUGAGUCCAGUGUUGGUAUUGGACACAGUCUUAUGGUUGAAGCUCCUCUGGAGUAUAGAAUUGGUUUCACAGUUGGAGGUUUUCUUUUGGAGAAUGAUCAGACAGUACCGAAGUACCGAGUUGCAUUGAGUAUUGAAGCUAUCGAUGCGAAAUUCGCAUGCUCAUUGUUGGUUUUUCUUGGGGAUGUUAAGGUUUGGGAUUCUGGUCAUUAUUCUAAGUUUUAUGUCACUGGAACAUGUUUGCUGGAGUUUACUAUGGAUGGUGAUUUAAGGCUUAAGGGUCCUAAUGGGACAGUUGGAUGGAAAACUGGAACUUCAGGACAAGGUGUUCAGCAGAACCUGCAAAUACUGAGGACAGGAAAUCUUGUGCUUGUUGAUGAACAAAACAAUGUAAAAUGGCAAAGUUUCAAUUUUCCAACUGAUGUAAUGCUAAGAGGCCAACAACUUGAUGUGGCGACUCGAUUAACAUCUAUGCGAAGCAACUCGACCUUGUUCUACUCAUUCGAAAUCGAGAACAACCAGGUUUCCUUGUAUGUUAACUCUGGUAAGUUGAGGUAUUCUUAUUGGAACUUUCAACCUACCAUGAAUAGAACUAUCACAUAUAUUAAGCUGGGUUCAAAAGGGUUGUUAUUGUUCGAUGUAAAGUUCAAGAAAAUCGCGCAAAUCCCGUCUCAAAGUGUUCAACCUUUGAAAUUCUUAGCAUUGAAGAAUGAAUCAGGAAACUUUGGUCUUUAUUACUAUUCACAAGAGAAAGGAAAAUUUGAGGCUUCUUUUCAAGCACUUAACAGAACAUGUGACCUUCCAAAUUCUUGUAAACCUUAUGGUAUAUGUACAUUUUCCAACACAUGUUCAUGUAUUCAGAUUUUGACAAAUGACAAAAAGGUUAGUACUAGUGCUGAUUGUAGCGAAGGAUUUUCCGGAGGGUUUUGCGAUGGUGAAAAGGCGGAGAUGUUAGAAAUUGACAAUGUAAGUAGUGUGCUAAAGGGUGUUCCUGAAUCGGUUAAUAUUAGCCGAGAAGCGUGUUCGAGUUUAUGCUUGAAGGAUUGUAAAUGUGCUGCGGCGUUGUAUUUUAAGUACGCGAGCGAUGGAGCCGCGGAAUGUUAUGUUUAUAGAUUAGUACUUGGUCUCAAACAGGUGAAUAAAGGUUUAGGAUUUAGUUAUAUGGUUAAGGUUCGAAAGGGAAUUGGUAGAAAUCAUGAGAUGCAUAAUGUGAAAAGAUGGAUAUUUGUAGUUGUAGGUGUUUUUGAUGGUUUUAUAGUUAUGAUUCUUGUUGGAGGUUUUGGUUAUUGGUUGUUCAAAAGGAGAAGUUCAUGAGAAGUGCAUGAAAUGCAAGUUCAGGUUUAAGUUCUGAAUUCAUGUGUGAAAAAAUAGAGGGAAGAGAGAAUACAUAGUUUUGGUUGAUUUCAAGUGAUUUUUGAAAAUUCUUUGUGGUGACAAAAUGCUGCAUAUUGUGGCUUAUACAAAACUUACUUAUCAUUGGUGAAAAGAGAAAUGUGAACUUGUUAAAGUAAUUGAUUUCUUCUAGGUAAUUAUACUAA